GCCGGGGGUUGCGGUGUCCGGGGCUGGGGGUGCCGCUGCCGUUUGGGGUCAGGGUUGCCGAUCCCCGGGUGGGCGACGGUCCCGGGUGGGCGUUGGGGAGCGAUGGCGCCUGCACCGCCGCCCCGGCGUGAGUCAGCCGGGGGCUCUGACGCAGUCCCGCCGCCGCCGCCGUCACCAUGGAGGCCGCCGAGCGCUCCCGCUCCGGCUACCGCCGGCCGAAACCGUUCCGGCGGGGAUGCGCGGGCCGCCGGUUCCCGGCAGGCCCCGCCGCACCGAGCGGCAUCCCCGGGCGGGCACCCCUACGUUACCCCCCCCGCCCCGGUACACCCACGCACCCCCGUGCCCCCCGCACGGGCGGCCGUGACGCGGCGGCGGCGGCCCCGCGGGGAGGAGCCUCCCUCCCUCCGCUCCCCGCCAUCACCAAACUUUCCGCUCGCUUGCCGGCCGCCGGCGUCGCCUCCUCGGCACAUGGCACCGGCACCCCGGGGCUGAGCCCCGCCAGCGCCCCGCCGGGUGGGUGACGCCGACGCCAGCGGGAACCGGGGAUCCGUUACCCGUCGCCGCCGCCGUUACCCGUCGCCGGCUCCCCCCCGCCGGGGCCGGCGGCUUUCGGCGCGGUCUUCGGGAGGACGGGGCAGAGCGGCGGGCGGCAGCGGGGGGAAGCGGAGCCGGCGCCCAUGUGCCGGAGGUCCCGGCGGGGCGAUGAAGCGGCGAUGACGGCCGGCGAGGGGACCCUCCGGCCCUGGAAACCGGACCCCGGGCGGGCGGAGGGGGGUCGGCCGCCCCCCGGGCCGUCGCUGCCCCUGACCCUCACCGUCCUGGCUUGGCUGGGCACCGGCACCACCAUGGCCGGCCUCAACAAAUGGAUCUUCGCCACCCACGGUUUCCGCUACCCGCUGCUGCUGUCGUCCCUCCACAUGCUGUCGGGGGUGGCCGUGGGGUACCCGCUGGGCUGGGCGCGGGGACCGCCGCCGGCCCCCCGGCCCCGCGCCAGGAUCUACCUGCUCAGCCUCACCUUCUGCACCAGCGUGGCGUUGGGCAACCUGGGCUUGAGCUACGUGCAGCUGGACGUGGCGCAGGCGGUGGCCACCACCACCCCGCUGGUCACCCUCCUGCUGUCGGGGCUGCUGGGGGGCCGGCGGCACCACCCGCUGCAGUACGCCGCCAUGGGACCCGUCUGCGCCGGGGCCGCCUGCAGCAUCGCCGGCGGGCUCCGCAUCUACCAGCCCGGCUGCGGCUUCCUCCUGGCCGCCGCCGUCCUCCGCGCCCUCAAGUCCGUACAGCAGAGUCUGCUGCUGCAGGAGGACCGCCUGGACGCCCUGUCCCUGCUCUGCCUGACCUCGCUGCCCAGUUUCUGCCUGCUCUUCGGGGCGGCCGUGGCACUGGAAGUGGGUCCCUCCUGGGAGGGCGUCCUGCGUUACGACGGCACCCUCUGGGCCUGCGUCCUGCUCAGCUGCCUGGGCUCCGUCCUUUACAACCUGGCCACUUUCUGCGUCCUCUCCCUCACCUCCGCCCUCACCGUCCACGUCCUGGGCAACGUCACCGCGGUGGGCAACCUGCUCCUCUCCCGCCUCCUCUUUGGCAGCCACCUGAGCGGGCUCAGCUACCUGGGCAUCGGGCUGAUGCUGGCCGGGAUGUUCAUGUACCACCAACCGGACCUCAUCGCAGCACGGUGGGCGGCGUGGCCCGGACGGGGCACCCCCAGGAGGGAGUAGGGUCCCCGCCGGGGACCGGGGAAGCCGGGGAUGCUGCAAGCGCGUGGGCGAGCGGGGCUCUGCGGGCGCACGGGAGGGCUGGCACACACGGCUCCGCGCGUGCACGGGUAUGCCGGUGCACGGUCCUGAGCACACGGGCGUGCCGGCGUGCACGGCUUGGUGCGGACGCGUGUUUUCCGGCGUGUGCGGCUCUGCGUGCUGGCGUGCGUGGCCCCGCGCACGUGGACGUGCCGGUUCGCGCAAGCUCUUUGCGCGCGCGCGCGCGUUGCGUGCACGGCUCUGCGCACGUGUGCGCUGCUGCGCGUGCGUGUGUCGGUGUGCGCGGCCCUGCGUGCGCGCGUCUACCGCCGCGCACGGCACCGUGCGCCCGUGCGUGCUGGCGCGCGCGUGUGCCUUGGUGUGCGCAGCUCUGCACGCGUGCGUGUUGACGUGCACGGGCUCUGCGUUUGCACGUGGGUCUGUGUGCGCGUGGACGUGUCUGGGUGUGCACAGGCUCUGCAGGCGUGAGCGGGUCUGCGUGGGGCUAUGUGUGCAUGGGGGCACGCGCGUGUUGGUGGGUGAAGGCUCUGCGUGUGCAAGUCGGUCUCUUGCACGUGGGCACGUGUGCGUUGGUAUAGACUCUGUAUGUAUGAACGUGUCUGGGUGCACGGCUCUACCUGUGUGUGGGCAUGCGUGUGCUGGCGUGCACAGGUUCUGUGUGCGCAUGUGCAAGCGUGUUGCUCUGUGUGCAGAGCCUUACGUGCAGGUGUGCACGUGUAUUGGUGCGCAGAGGCUCUGUGCAUGCAUCCCCGCACGCAGCUCUGUGCACGGGAGCACGCGUGUGUCGGUGCGCGCAGGCUCUGCGUGUGCAAGCAGAUCUCGUGCGUGUGGGCAGGGGCGUGCUGCUGCGCACAGGUACUGCGCGCACAAGUGUGUGCAGAGCCUUACGCGCGGGUGUGCGCAGGUGUGUUGGUGUGCACGGCCUCUGCGCGCACAUCGGCACAGAUCGUGCGUGUGCAAAUGCACCGCCGCGUGCGCACAGCUCUGCGUGCGUGGGGGGGUGUGUGUGCGUGUGUAUACAUGCGUGUGCGUGUGUGUGCACUUCUGUGUGUGUGUGCACGCGUGUGUGCGUCACUACUGAGCUCUGCUGGCUGGAGUAAACCCGGGGCUGCGUGUACGCACGGUUCUUGUGGCUGAACGGGACGCCCAGGGUCGGGCCGGGUGAGUGUCCCCUCUCCUGUCCCCAACCCCACCGUGUCGUGCCGAUCCCACGGGGCUGCCGGCGGUGCUGCCGGCAUUGUCGUCGUCCCCACCGUGUCCUCCCGGCCACCACCGCUCCGGCUCCGGCCCCAUCCCUCCCAGUUUGCAGUGGCCAUAGCAGGGCACGGCGCACUCUCUCCUCGGCAAAGGGACAUCCCAGCGUGCGUAUGCCCUGGCACCGACGCCGGCGCACACGAGCGUGCGCGCUCCGACGGGCGCACCAGCACCACCGCGUGCGGCAUCCGUGGUGGCUGCUGCCACGCUCACCGUCUCUGCGCCGGGGGCCAAAGGACUCAGCUCUGAUUGCACUUGUCCUGAAAUAAAGCUCUAUUUUUGUCGUACUCCA